AUGGCCCCCCGUAUCUCCGCCGCAAAGUCCACAGAGACCCUCUGCUACGGCGUCGCCACCGUCGGCGCCUUCCUCCCCAUCUACCUCAUGCUCCCCGGCGCCGAGCAGCGCCUCGCCUCCCAGACGACAAAGUGGGCGCCCCGCUGGGAGCGCAACCUCUCCUACUUCACGCCCGCCGCCGAGAGGGGCAUCAAGCGCGUCGAGCCUCCCGUCUCCAACAUGGUCCGCCGCAUCGACAACAGGCUGCCCCUCGAGAGGAUGGCAAAGGGCCUCGACAAGAGGAUCAAGAACGGUAUUGACCGCUUCAACAACACCAAGUAG